AUGAGUUUUCAAAGCAUGAACACUGAUAAUAAGACUUUUAGUACACCAUUACGUCCUCUAUCAAAUGAACAAAUACAUUCUUUGAGAGAGAAAAUUAGCAAAGAAUCUCCAAGUCUAUACAGGAAUAAAGUACUUACUGAUCCAAUCAAGUCGUAUAGACAUGAACUAAUCAAUAACGGCUCAGGUAACCAGGGUACACCUAGUAGUAAAUUAAGGAAUCUAUUCCAAAAUGUUAAUAUAGAUAAAGACUACUUGAUUCAUCAGCAGGAAAAUCUGAAACAGCGUGGUAAUAAUGGUGUUAACCAUGCUCCUUCGAAGGAAAAGACCAACAACUUCAAUUCAAAUGAUUUAUUAAAUGAAGAUGAGAAUUUACAACUUUCAACUAUCAUGGAGUCUUCAAACUUACAAAAGGAACAGUUGUUGGGCAACUAUGAAAACCCUAUACUAUCUAAACUCUCACAAAGAACUGUAAACAAAGAGUUGGAAUUACAAAAGGUAAUAUUCAAUGUGAUUUUUUUAACACUUGGAAAUCUUUCAUCAAAAUUUUUCAAUUUCUUUAUUAACCAUACAAAGUUUGGUAAACUUCUACUAAAUCAAUUGAAGAUUAAUGAUUCUAAAAAAAUCGUUGGACAUAUUAACCCUACUAUUAGCAACGACAACAAGUUCCUAUACUAUUUAAAAUUUUGCGUCACUUCACAACAAAAAUACUUCCCCUUCAUUAAUUUCGAGAACGUUAAAUUUCUAAUACAAUCGAUUUUAAUAGUAAAUAUCAUUAUAUCUCUUUGGAAUCUGACUGAAACUGUCAAGACUGAUGAUUUGAAAUUGAAUGACAAACAAAAACAGUUAUUGGGAUUGAAUUCUCAAAAGAAAAAUUCAAAAGAUAAGCAUACGAGUAAACCUCAUUUAGUGUAUACAAAUCAAAAGAAUUUGAUUCAACAGCAAUCACAAAACAAUAUUAAUGGUAAUAGCAGUGCAAACAAGAAUUCAUCAAAUAAACCCACCCCACCAACGCCAUUUUUAUUUAAAUCUUUAGAGACACCUCUAAAGUUCAAAGAUAGAAAUGAGCCAAAGUCUGUAAUGGUUAAUCAAGUCGAUGCUUUUGGUAAUCCAAGAAAGAAUUUCUUAUCAUCUAAUGUUGCUGUCAAGACACCAGCAUCAGCUCCACCUUCUAGCUCUGGGUACAUUCCUAGCAAUAGAUAUGCAUAUCUAAUGGAUUCUCCUAGUCCAAGAAAAAGGUUGUAA